AUGACAUCCUUUCGCCCUACUUUCCGCGCCCUUCAUUCUGCAUCGACAGCAACUCGACCAGCAUGCCGACACUACCUCCCACAAAGAUCUCUAGUUACCCGCAACCACUCUACAUCCUCCGUCUCCGCCGAUGAACUCUCCCACUUCUCAGCCCUCGCCAGCUCCUGGUGGGACCCAAUGGGCCCAUCCCGAAUUCUGCACCUAAUGAACCCCCUCCGACACGAGUUCAUUGCAUCCUGCCUGGCCGACAGCCCCCCACCAACCACCACCACCACCGCCAACUCCGCGAAUGCCGCCAACUUACACUACAUGGACAUUGGCUGCGGCGGUGGAAUCUUCGCAGAAUCACUCGCACGUACAAUCCCACUCGACCCAUCGGCACCUGCACCAACAGCAACCCGCGCAGCCUCGAUGACAGCCAUCGACCCAUCAACAAUGCUAAUCCAAGUCGCCCGCGAGCACGCCCGCAUGGAUCCCACCGUUGACGCACACCUUCGCAGUGGGAAAUUCAAGUACCUCAACACCACCCUGGAAGACGUCCUCGCCUCUACAUCCCCAUCCCCAUCAUCGGAGCCCUCCGAAUCCACACUCUCCGCCGGCGCCAUCUCCCACCCCCAAUUCGACAUGGUAACCCUCUUCGAAGUUAUCGAACACAUCGACCCCACAACAACAACCCCCCAAGCCUUCCUCUCCAACUGCCUCCGCGCCCUCAAGCCUGGCGGCUGGCUUAUCGGCUCCACCAUCUCCCGAACAUUCCCCUCAUUCCUCCUCAACCAGGUCAUCGCCGAAGCACCGUGGCCGAUCGGCGUUGUCCCGCGCGGUACGCACGAGUGGAGUAAAUUCGUGAAUCCGCCGGAACUACAUGCGUGGGCGCAGGAGGGUCUGAUGCGGGCUGCGGAUUCGGCGACGACUCGGGGUGGACCGAGUGCGCUUGAGGGGAUGAAGUGGAAGUGUAUGGGGACGAUUUAUGUUCCUGGAUUGGGGUGGAAGAUGGUGCCUGGGUCGGAGAGUUGGGGGAAUUACUUUUGGGCUGUGAAGAAAGGGGUUUAA